CACAAAUAAAAGUCCUUUUGUUGGCAACAGAAUAUGCAACAGUUGCUCUCCGUUUGCUUUGAAUCUGCUGACAUAAAAUGUCUCAAAUCUGCUCUCACGUUGUUGAAUAGGACUAUGCGUUACAUUUUCAGCAAAUACACAGCAACUAGUCGAAAAUUUAUGCUCAGCAUUAAGUUGCCUGAUUUUGCAAAACAUGCACGGCUAUUGGGGAAAUUAAAAAUGUUAAAGUUAAUAGAUUGAAAACUUAACUUUACCUUUUUUAACUUUUUUGCGGAAACUUUUAGAACAACCUUAUUAGUGGCAUGUUAGCGUUAUUACAUAACGGCAGGCUACUAAACGAAUGUUCAAGAUACUGCUCCAGCUCUUUUUCUAAAUAAAAUUCAUUAAUUUGUAUCGCAAUAAAUAUUUAUAUUAAUUUGGAGCACCGUUUAGAAAACGCAUGAGAGACAAAAGAAAGAGCCAUCGAUUUGGCUACAGGACAUUGCCAAAUAUGGUAAUGGUUUAGAAACAUUACCAUAUAAGGCAAUAAUUUGCUGCUAGGAGCGCAUUAAAACAAGCGAUUCGCGUUUACAGGCGUAUAUAAGAAAUAAGGCUCGAGCCUUUUUUUGGUAUUCGUGUUCGGUCAACGAACAUUGCGCCACGCGUCUCAUAAUUGUGUGUUACCUCUUGUUCUUACUUUAAUUUCGAUUGAUUAAAGUUUCUUUUGUUGUAAAUAUCACGUUCUCACCCUUCACUCUCCCUCUUCACACACGCCGCAGUUAAUUUACGUUCGACGGAUAUCGCGACCCCGAAUAUUAUAUUUUGGUCCUUCGAGCCGGAUUUGCCGCAUCCUCCAAAGCGCGUGUGAUCCGUGUGAGUGCAACGGUAGCUGGUAGUGAUAGUGCUCAACAGUGAAAAGUGAAAGACUUCAACAUGAGUAUGGACACGCAAGCAUUAAUCGAUGCUCAAACUGAGCUCUACGGCCGCAUCGCCCGUACAGAAGAGAAUCUGAAGAAAGUAGGUUCAACACGGCUUACACAAGGCACAGUGGAAGCUCGUCUGCAAUCUCUGGAUUCGAAUUGGAACAAGUUUCAGAGCAAUCACGACGCGCUCCGGACAGCGCACAAGGUCCAUCCCGUUGCAGCUAGCAACGAUUAUUUCAAGGAGAAUUUUCCCGAACGGGUCGAAGAAAUGGUCAACGAACAACGAGGCUCCCUCCUUGAUAUGAUACACACACUGCGUGACAAGCACGGCGAGCCAGGGAGAACGCUUCCCGCAGGAAGGAAAGCAGCUCCAAACGAAAGCUUCCGAAUAUCGAGCUGUUUUUCUUUUUGGGACGAAUAGAAGACUGGCCGGCUUUUCGAGAUCUUUUCGUCUCGAUCCUUUUACGCCACCCUAUGCUCGCUGACGUCGAGAGACUCCACUACCUGAAGACUAGAGUGCAAGGUGAAGCCGAAGAGAGAAUAAAAAAUCUGCCGACCACCAGUGAUAAUUUUAAACGAGCAUGGGCCAUCCUGGAGGAGCGCUACAAAAACAAGCGCGUACUCGUGCGCUCGUGUCUCUCAACCUUCUCCAAGAUGUCUCGGAUGAAGACAGAAUCAGUAGCCGAUCUCAAGAAAUUGGUCAACGGCAUGUUGCAAACCGCGGGCACUCUGGAAAGCAUCGGGCGAAAGUCUGCUUAUGACAAUGACUUUUUUGUGCAUUCCGUCAUCGAGCUUAUGGAUUCACGAUCUCGAUGAGAAUGGGAAGAAACCACAGGUGACUUGAGAGAUCCCCCUUCUUUCGAUAUACUCAAGAAGUUUUUGGAGCGUAGGCUGCUCGCGUUGGAAGCUCUUCAAACGUCUUCGGGGAAUGCGUACGCAACGACUUCCGCUAAGUCUACGAGUUCGUCCUCGCGAUCGGCUCGUGCGAAUUUAGCACAGAAAACGAAGCAGAGCCGAUGCACGCUAUGUCAAAAGGAGUAUUACAUCCUUUAUUGUAGUGACUUCCAAAAGAAACAGGCUGCUCAAAAGAAGGAGUUUGCGGAGAGCAAGAAGCUGUGCUUCAACUGCUUCGGCAACCACGCUGUGACAGAGUGUCCAUCGCGGAAAUCUUGCGCCGCCUGCAACGCACGACAUCAUAGUUCCAUUCACGAUGUGUGGAUCUCCAAGGUCAGUUCCGAAUCGACGGCUUUCUCCAGUCGCUUCAUGUGCAUCAAUUCGAAGAAAAGAGAGUCGCAGUCUUGUUGGCCACCGCAUGAAUAGACAUAACAGAUAAGUAUGGUGCUCGUCAUACAGUUUGUACAUUAAUCGAUCCCGGGUCCGAGAUUUUAAUUGCAAGCGAGGCGCUCGCUCAGCGUCUUUGCCUUCCGCGCUUACUUGCCUCAGUGUCAAUCUUCGGCGUUGGCGGGCAACAGACCGGGACGACGAAAGGUCGAAUAUCAAUAAUUAUCUGCUCGAUCACUACAAACUUUUCAAUGCGAUUGUCCGCGUUAGUCAUGCCGCGAAUCUCUGCUUACGGGACGCGAGUGGAGGCCACGCGCGCGAACUGGCCUCACAUCCGUGAUUUACAGCUCGCAGAUCCGGAGUUCAUGAAAAGUGAUGCGGUGGAACUACUUUUGGACGCCGAUGUGCACUCCGCGAUCGUCGAGGAGGGCCUGCGCAAAAGCGGCCCUCGCACCAAUCGCACAACAAACUUCGCUGGGCUGGAUCCUCUCAGGUGUCGUCGAUGAUGCUGUGCUGAGCAACUCGUCUUCGACGUAUUUCUACCAAACGGACGCAGAAAUCACGGAGUUGGUGCGCCGUUUUUAGAGUCAGGAAGAGCCUCCGAGCGCUCCCCUUCUUCUGACCGAUGAGGAUCAGACGUACGAAGAUUUUUUCGUUUCCUCGCAUAGCAGAACGCCUGAGGGUAGAUACAUCGUGCGCCUCCCGGUGAAAUCCACGCUACCGAAUUUCUACAAAACGCGACAAGCGGCGGUACGUUUGCUACAAUGCAUGGAGCGUCGUUUUACGGUCAACCACGACUUCCAACGGCUGUACUGCAACUUCAUGGCCGAAUACGUUGACCUUGGUCAUAUGACGGCGUUGUCGUCACCUCUCGAGCAUGAGCAGCGAUGCGUCUGCUACUUGCCUCAUCACGGAGUCGUCAAGAGAUCGACGUCCUCCGGGAAGAUUCGUGUGGUCUUUAACGGAUCCCUUACGAAAAAGAUGCACGGGCUAGGAAUUGUAAUCCAUGUGGUUACUGUAAUCCCGUACGAAAAUAUUACAUCCGAUGGACCACACGCGUGUAGUUAUUAUAAUACAAAUAUUACGGUAACUAACUUAUUACAGUUGACAAAUUACAAUGCUGGACUACAAUUCAGUUAUUACACAGAUCGGAUCACACACGCGUUUAAUAUACCAUAUAGGUCAACAUGUUGUAGUCAAAUAAAUAAUAUUUGGAUUUUUUUAUAAUAAAAUUAGUAUUGUUUUAUUGAAAAUAAAGUACAAGUAAUUUAAAUAUUUAUUUAAUCGGUUUUGAUAUUAUUUACCAAAGGUACAAUACAUAAUUGAUUUUUUUUCCAUUUAUUUAUUUUUUUAUUUUUUUUUAUUUAUUUUUUUUUCGGAGUCAUUGUUUUCCCUUUACAUGAUUCCAAAACGGAUGUGGUAAAUUAAUUUAAUUAAUUAAUGUUACAUAUCUUAAAAAAAAUUGGUUUAUUUACAAUAUAAAUAUAAAUUUACAGCAAUCUGUGGAAAAUUAUGAUGUGCCAGUAGUUUGUAUGGCAGAGAGCAUGGUCCAUCCUCCAAUAAAAGAACAGAGUGUCACAACUGAAUCAAAAAAUAUCUCAGAAUUGAAAGGAAAUCGAUUCUUUGGGAAUCGCUUAAUAACUAAAGCUCAAUUGAGCAAAUUGAACGAUUCCUCAUUGUCUAAAAUGGCAUGCGAUUUGUUGGGGAUAGUUUUUGACAAAAAGGAGCUUCGCGAGAGCUGCCUCACCGGCAAGCAAGCACUUGUCAACAAAAAUAAACACGGAAAUCAAGCGGAAAUCAAGCAAUUGGAUACUGCUAGAUUAGCAGAUGUGGAAGGGAUCAUCGCGCCUGGCCGAUGGAGACUGCCUCAAUGCUCAUCUCGCUACCGGAUCAAAUCUCCUGCCUGCGCUGUCCGACGUAUUGCUACGAUAGCGGCAACACAGGUUCUCCUUGGCAGCAGACGUGGAGAAAAUGUACCGUCAGAUUCUGGUGCACCAAGGCGACAGAGAUCUGCAGAGUGGCGAAUACUGUGGCGACCUGAGACGAGCGAUAAUCUGCAGGAAUUCCGGUUAAACACCGUCACUUACAGCUUAGCCUACGCUCCCUUCCUGGCUAUGCGUACACUCAGACAACUUGCCGUAGAUGAAGAGAUUCGUUUCCCGCACGCUGCCGUCGUCAUACAACGAGAUACGUACGUUGACGACAUUCUUACAGGUGCAGACACCCUCGACGAAGCACGAGUAUUGAGAGACGAGCUGACUGGUCUCUGCGCCGCCGGUGGCUUUCCUCUUCGCAAAUGGGCUGCUAAUUCCGAUGCAGUCUUAACAGACAUUCCGCUCGAGCAUCGCCAGGUUCAAGAUUCUCGAGCGUGGGACGCCGAUGUUGAGCAUUUUACCCUGGGCCUGCUGUGGCAUCCACGAGAAGAUUACUUCGCUUUUCGAAUACGACCAUUAGAUGCAGGGCAAGUAACCAAACGUAUCGUGCUGUCACAAACAACACGUCUGUUUGAUCCGAUGGGCUGGCUUUCACCAGUGAUCAUAGCUGCGAAGAUCCUCAUUCAAACACUGUGGCUACAACAACUUGAAUGGGACCAACCUCUUGACGGAACCUUCCGUCUCUUUGACGGAAGAACGAGUGUGGCAGCGAUUGCGCGACAAGUUACCUUUACUCGAGCAAGUACGCGUACCAUGCUGGAUACAAAUUAGCACGGCGGGCGGCCACGCUGAGGUGCACGGAUUCGCGGAUGCUUCAGAGCGAGCCUAUGCAGCGGCUGUAUAUCUCCGGGUUGCACAUCAAGAAGGUCGUCGACAUUCCUUUUUGCUUCAGGCUAAAACCAAGGUAACUCCAGUGCGGCCGGUAUCGCUUCCUCGUCUAGAACUCUGCGCGGCCGCUCUCUUAGCAAAGCUGACAGUUCACGUGACGACGGUCAUGAAAUUGACAUCUGUGCCUCUUCAUCUCUGGACCGACUCAACGGUUACCCUUGCCUGGAUCAAAGGACAUCCUUCUCGGUGGAAAACCUACGUAGCUAACC